ACUCUUCCUUAGUUUCUCUGAUUACUUGUGUAGAUGUGAUUACCCAUCAAGCCGAAACAAAAAAGUGUGAUUUUGUGAUUACUCUGGCGUAACAAUGCAUCAGUAUGGGUCAACGGGUCAACACUGCGAGUUCACGGCGGCGUCUUACUUCUCUUGGCCGACUUCAAGCAGGCUUAACAACGCCGCUGAGGAAAGAGCUAACUAUUUCUCAAACUUGCAGAAAGAGGAGGAGGAUGAUGAGGAGGUUUCUCCUGAACCAGCUUCCACAGAGCCUAAAGGGCAACGAGCCACUACUUUGCUUGAGCUCAUGACUAUAAGAGCUUUCCACAGCAAGAUCUUGCGUUGUUAUAGUCUUGGAACAGCUAUAGGGUUCAGGAUCCGGAGAGGGGUUCUUACUGAUAUCCCGGCGAUUAUUGUGUUUGUGUCUCGGAAAGUGCACAAGCAAUGGCUAAGCCCUCUUCAGUGUCUUCCUACUGCUCUUGAGGGAGCAGGAGGGAUAUGGUGUGAUGUGGAUGUGGUGGAGUUUUCUUAUUUUGGAGAACCUGAUCAUCAGCCCACACCUAAACAAACAUUCACUACUGACAUUGUUGAUCAUCUCCAAGGUUCUGACCCCUUCAUUGGAUCAGGCUCUCAGGUGGCAAGCCAAGAGACUUGUGGGACUUUGGGGGCAAUAGUGAGGAGUCAGACUGGAAGUAGACAAGUUGGUUUUGUGACUAACCGCCAUGUUGCUGUCAACCUAGAUUACCCGAGCCAGAAGAUGUUUCAUCCUCUCCCUCCUGCCCUCGGUCCCGGUGUCUAUCUUGGAGCAGUUGAGAGAGCCACUUCCUUCAUCACAGACGAUCUCUGGUUUGGCAUUUUUGCUGGCACCAAUCCAGAGACGUUUGUGAGAGCAGAUGGUGCAUUCAUCCCCUUUGCAGACGACUAUGACUUGUCACGAGUUACAACGUCUGUCAAAGGUGGAGUUGGAGAGAUUGGUGAGGUCAAAGCCAUAGAGUUGCAGUCUCCAGUUGGCAGUUUAGUGGGUAAACAGGUGGUGAAAGUCGGAAGAAGCUCUGGUUUGACUACAGGAACUGUGCUGGCUUACGCACUGGAGUACAAUGACGAGAAAGGAGUCUGCUUCCUCACUGAUUUUCUUGUUGUUGGGGAGAACCAUCGCAGUCCAUUUGAUCUUGAGGGAGACAGCGGAAGCCUCAUAGUGAUGAAAGGAGAGGAGAAGGCAAGACCCAUUGGGAUCAUAUGGGGAGGCACUGGAAGUCGCGGGAGGCUGAAACUGAAGGUGGGGGAGUGUCCAGAGAGCUGGACCACUGGUGUAGAUCUGGGCAGGCUUCUUACACAUCUUCAGCUUGAUCUCAUCACCACCGAUGAAGGGUUAAAAGCGGCAGUGCAAGAACAACGAACGGCCUCAACAACGGGGAUGAGCUCAAUGGUUGCCGACUCAUCACCUCCGUAUGUGAAUCUCAAGAAAGAGAAGAGAAGCCCAGAAGAAAAGUUAGAGGCAUCAUUAGGACCUCUUCAGGUCCAACACAUUGAUCUUGAAGAGAGAAUAGAAACAAAAGGAGGUGCUCCAAGUGUGGAACACCAGUUCAUGCCAACCUUCAGCGGUCAAUGUUCCGCAUCUGCUUGGCCUGAGACUGCUAAAGAGGAUCUAGUUGCCGGCCUUACAAAUGGUAGCUGCGAUGGGGAUUUAUGUGUUGGACUGCGUUUAGGGGACGAUGGAGCUAAACGCAGACGCACUCAAGUGACCAAGGAAAGAAUGAGACCAGCGGAAUAGAUCAAAAAGCUAACGACCUUUAAAGUUUGUCUUGCUCUGUGCAACACUUACAUUGAGAGAUUUGGAUUGGAUUUGUUUGUCAAUCGAACUUGAGCAUAGCCAAAUUUAGCUUCAGUUGGAUUCGGUUACCAUUCUCGUUUAUUCUGUUUGUCCAAUCCCAUUUCUCAGCAUUCAAUGUAUCAUUGAUGUCCCAAAGUGAAAUGAAAGUUGAAAUAAAAAUUGGGUCAUUAU